GCUUUUGGUCCUCACUUCUAAUUUGUAGUUCGUUAGAAUUAAGAAGGCUCUAGAAUUUCUCUUACCUCGCGAAAACGUUUCUCCCGCUCACCUCAUUCGAUUCACUCAGAGCUUUGCUUCUUCGUCUAGAUUCAUGGCGAUGGCGUCUACGUUCGUCACAGUGCCAAAACUCUCUAUCAACAGGCCUAAUUCACCUUCCGUAUCUGCACGGCGACUAAUAAUCGGAGGAUUGCGAAGUAGCACUUUGAAAGUCAGCGCAAUUUCUAAGAAAUUGGAGCCUGCGAAAGUGGUUCCUCAAGCUGAUAGAGUUCUCGUCCGUCUUGAGGAGCUUCCUGAGAAAUCAGCUGGUGGAGUUUUGCUGCCUAAAUCAGCUGUCAAAUUUGAGCGAUAUCUUGUGGGAGAGAUUCUAUCCGUUGGAACAGACGUUGGAGGAAAUGAUAUUGCACCUGGAAAGAAGGUUCUUUUAUCCGACAUGAAUGCUUAUGAGGUGGAUUUGGGCACAGAUGCUAAGCACUGCUUCUGUAAAGCUGGUGAUUUGUUAGCUGUGGUUGAGUAGACAAGCUUCCUCCAACACUACAAUGCAGAUUCACAUCAAUUGUUUUCACUCAGAUCAGUUCUCUUUCCUGAUUGUCAUUUGCUUAUUGCUUCUGCAUUAUCUGAAAUUCAUUUAUGUUUUUAUUGAUCUGUGUGACUUGUAUAAAGAUGUUAGUUAUUCUCAUUAGGAAGAAUACCUAAUAUUAUUUUUAAAAAAAUUACUCAACCUUGAAAGAAAAACAAGAAUGAAAUAGUUAUGCAAAUAUUUCUUUUACAUUUUUC